AUGACGUCUAAGUACAGAGCUGUGGAUUCGAACCCUUUAUCUGUAUAUAUUAUGCAGCCAUUAUGGAACAGAAUUGUAAAGAUAGUGCCCUUGUGGAUUGCUCCCAAUCUUUUAACCCUCACAGGAUUUCUGAUGAUUUUGAUUCAUUGUUUUAUAUUAUCUAUUUAUGACUGGGACUACACUGCAUCAGGAUCCAGUCCUGGGUUCAUUCCAACAUGGGUUUGGGGUUUCGGUGCUUUUGCCACCUUUUUCGCUUACUCUUUAGAUUGCAUAGAUGGAAAGCAUGCUCGAAGAACUCAGUCCAGUACCCCGCUGGGAGAGCUGUUUGACCAUGGACUAGACAGCUGGGCUACCUCAAUUUUUGCCCUUUCUUUUUUUUCAAUCAGUUCCCGUGAUACUGAAAAAGGUGGAGUUUCUGUGUCCACCAUGUAUUUAUUGUUAAUUGUUCUAUUACUAAAUUUUAUGUUUUCACACUGGGAAAAAUACAACACAGGAGUUCUUUUUCUUCCUUGGGGAUAUGAUAUAAGCCAGUUGGUUACAGCUGGCAUGUAUCUGCUGACUGCUGCUUUUGGAGUAGAAGCUUGGCAAAAGCCUUUAAUAUUUGGUUAUUAUCUCUCAGAUACAUUAAUAAUGCUUCUUAUAGUCUGCUGCAUAUUUAUUUCCAUUCCACAGUCGCUCUACAACAUUCACCUAGCAUAUGAAAAGAAAACACUACUGAGGGAUUCUUUGUAUGAAGGACUGCUACCACUGUUGUCUCCUAUGCUGCUCUUUACACUCCUUACCAUCUGGGCAUUUUCAUCACCAUGUGAAAUACUGGAAAAACAAACCAGAAUGUUCCUAUGGAUGGUUGGAGUUGUGUUUUCAAAUGUUACUUGCAGGAUGAUAAUUUGCCAGAUGACUAACACAAGAUCCGAAGUGCUUCAUUGGCUUUUGAUCCCAUUAGCUGUCAUGGUCUACACAUCAAUUGCUGGGUUUCAAGGCAAAUUGGAAGAACCAAUACUUGCAGCAUUUACCAUCUUCGUCACAGCUGUUCAUGUCCACUAUGGAGUUUGUGUGGGGAAACAGCUGAGCCAACAUUUCAAUAUCUACAUCUUUUCCUUGAAGAAAUACACUAAAUAAAUUUGGAAUCUAUUGCUACAA